AACAGGCCCCACAAUCUCAUCGGAAAGUUCUUGCACGAUCUCCUCACAAUCCUCCCUCGCCUUUUGCAUCUUUGCGUUCACCUUUCCAAUUCUUGAAUUUUUUUCAUUUUUUCCCCAAUAGCCCUCCGGUAUAUGGUGUAGGUUUCUUUGGUCACCCUCUUUGUCUUCAAUCCUUUCGCCUGGAUUGACUCAUUCUGACCUUCAUUCUGACCUUGAAGAGUUUUCUGGUGGAUUCACUAUUCUUUUUUCCUUCUUCUGCGGUUUCUAGGGUUUGUUCAUAGCCGGAAAGAUAUCUUCAAGAAGAAAUGGGUCUUCUUGAAAACCCAUGCCCUUGAAGCAAGAUUGCAAUUUGGGAAAAUCCCAGUUGUUGAUUUCGAAUCAUGAAUCGUGUUCAUCUCUUAGUGUCCAUGCUCCAACUCAGUGAAGGCACAAUUUGACCAUUUUCGCUGAAUAAUCUGCUUUCUUGGCAGUUUGAGGGAUUGCUUGGCAUUUGUUAGAAAUUUCUCACCAAACCCUUUCUGGGGGUUUAGGGGUUGUUCUGUUCAUACUCUGAUUCGGGUUGAGAAAUGGGGUGUAUUCAUGGGAAAUGUUGCAGGAGACGACCCUCAUCUUCGGACACGGAUAACGGGGAUGCAUUGGGUGCUGUUUCAGAUCAACCCCAUACAUCUGCUGCUGGGCCUUCAUGCAUUGCUUAUGUGCCUUCUCAUAACUUGAGGUUAGAGUAUUAUGCUCUUACACGACGUGGUCAUUACCCCGAAUCCCCUGAAAAGGAAAAUCAAGAUAGCUAUUGUAUUAAAUCACAGCUUCAGGGAAAUCCCCAUGUCCAUUUCUGCGGUGUCUUUGACGGGCACGGACAGUUUGGGACAGAAUGCUCAGUUUUUGUUAAGAAUAGGUUAGUCGAUGUGCUAUCAAAUGAUCCCACUUUAAUAGAAGACCCCAUCAAGGCUUUUAAUUCUGCGUUCUUGACGACUAACGAGGAGCUUCACAACAGUGACAUAGAUGAUUCUAUGAGUGGGACCACUGCUAUAACGGCUUUAGUCGUCGGGGACAUGCUGUACGUUGCGAAUGUGGGGGACUCGCGGGCCGUGCUGGCUGUCAAGGAAGGGAACAAAGUUGUGGCCAAAGAUCUGUCUUCUGACCAGACUCCUUUCAGGAGAGACGAAUGCGAGAGGGUGAAGCUUUGUGGGGCCAGGGUCCUGAGUGUUGACCAAGUUGAGGGGCUUAAGGAUCCGGAUGUUCAGACGUGGGAUGAUGAGGUGGAAGGUGGGGACCCACCUAGGUUGUGGUUUCAGAAUGGGAUGUACCCGGGGACUGCAUUCACGCGCAGUGUUGGGGAUUGUAUAGCUGAGAAGAUUGGUGUUGUUGCUAUUCCAGAGGUAUUGACAGUACAGUUAACAGCUAACUAUCCGUUUUUCGUAGUCGCAAGUGAUGGGGUGUUUGAAUUUCUCUCCAGCCAAACGGUGGUCGACAUGGCAAACCGAUACGCAGAUCCCAGAGAAGCAUGUUCAGAAAUUGUUGCAGAAUCUUACAAGCGAUGGCUAGAGCAUGAAACUCGAACGGAUGACAUCACAAUCAUCAUUGUGUUAGAACCACUGACUGUACUGAAGGAAAUAAGGAACCCAGUGAGAGGAUGCCUGAGAAUUUUUUCACUCCUACUGCAUCCGAAACUUCUCCGUCGGUGAGAGGUGGCCAAGUCUCUGAACUAAAUCCAUCCGUAAAUCAAAGGUCGCCCUUUGCUGUUUCGUAGCUGAUUAUGGAUUUCAGGUGGUUUGCUUCGCCGGAGACGGGCAGGGAAUGCAAGGGAAAAAUGGCAUGGAAACUUUUUUUUGGAGGGGGGGUUGUUUGUUUCAUUUUUUUCUUGUGCAAAUUUUCUUUGCCCCCUAGGACUUGAGCAUAUCAGUAAUAUCCGUAUUGCCAAACACGCCUCUAUUUUAUUCUGUGUAUGCAUAGCAGCACCAAGAAGCAGAGCUGUUGAAAAUGCUUCUUGCUAGAUUAGCACUAAUUAACCAAAAGGUUUGGAUGUGUUCUUGUUUGUAGUUUUCAACUUCCAACAAUUGGUUUCAUAAAAGUUAUUUGAAGGG